AUUACUGGAUUGGAACUUUGCGAUCCACAAUGUGUUACGCCGGAAAAUGUUGCUACUUUAUGAAGGUAGAGACUGGAUCUAUGAUAUUCGCUGUUAUCAAUAUGAUUAUCAAUUCUAUACUCGUCAUCGGUAUUAUUGCAGCCCUGGUAUGGUAUGAAAUUUAUUAUUAUCAAGCUCUACAUCUCACGGCUUACAAUUUUGUGCACAACAUUUAUCAGAAUUAUAUUUACAUAAACAUAACUAUAGGUGUAAGCCUUAUUUUGAGUUUGAUAUAUUUUGCAUUUUCUGUAUUGUUGCUCAACGGAUUAAUGAAGACAAAAUCCGGGCAAGUGAAGGCCUAUUUCAUAUUUGGUGUCAUUAUGAAUGUGUUGAGCUACGUACUAAUCAUAUUUGCAUUCAGCUGUAAUAACUGUUUCAGCAAAGGUUUAUGCCCGGAGGAUUCCGUGUUGCGGUCACACGCCAGUGAAACU